AUGUUGCUGCUGAAAUUGGCUCUUCCUCCGCCAAUUUCGGGAGUGAAAUUGUUACAAUUGAUCACUCUGGCCGAUGAAUUGCUUAGUACAAAGGAGUACCAAUUCCAAAGGGUCCAAAACUACUUUGAGACUCAUAUCCCACCCGCUAAAGAUCUUCCCAAGUACAUCAAGGCGAUGAUCAAAGUGUUGCAAACGCGUCCGCUGGUGAGUCUCUCGUUUACGGUGCUCCAUAUGGUACUGGCUCUAGCUAAGACCAGAGCUAUCGUACACGUUUCCCACUCACAACGGAGAAUGCUUAUUUCGUGGCUUCUUGUACAACCGGUGUCAAUGGCAAGAACUACGGGGAGAGCGUUGGCCAUGGUGUGGUUUAAAGUGCCUACCGACGUGGAGAUGGUGAUGCUGUGGGUGGGCCGUCAGGCCACCCCUACAAUCGUGGAGCUGUGUUUGGACAGUGUGCUUGUGAGACCCGACUACGACUUGUCGUCUGAUUUCUCCCAGUACCAUGUGGCUGCUUUAUUGUCGUCUGCUCUGUUUGUGAUGGAAAUCAGACCUCGCGAUUUAUCGAAGAAAUACCUGGUGAUUUUACCUCUGAAGAAAUUGGAAGCACUUUUUGACCGGGUAGUUACUGUAGUGGCCCCCGUGAUGCUCCUCCCGCCCCACUCACCGCAACCAAUGUCAUCUAUUUCAUCAGCUGAUUUGUCAGAUAAAGUACAAAACGGCUCCAGUGCUACCACUAAUGGUGAUCUCAAUCCCGAAAUGAAGGGAGUUUCAAAAGAACAGCGACGGAAACAGAAGAAGUUCUUACGAUCGCUUUUGGGUCCCGAAGUGGUAGCGGCGGCAGCUAAACGGGUUGGCCUUGAUGAAUCAGACGCUCGACAACAUUUAAACCGAGCCUUGAAGCACGCCCAUUUGACUGCCAAUAUCAAACACAUGAAUCCAAAGUCCAAAACCACUCCAAAGAUGAGAUUAGCAAAGACUCGUCUGCCUGCGGGUCGGCCCACUGGUCAAUUGAAGGAUUUCCGAGACCUCUAG